AUGGCUUCAGGAAAAAUUAUUGUGUAUGGAGGGAGAGGGGCUCUCGGCUCUGAAAUUUUGGAUUUCUUCAAGAAGAACGGAUUUGUAAGUUUGUAUAGUUCUCAUCAUUAUAAGCAACAUUAUUUUCCAGACCGUUCUCAGCGUUGAUUUGUCAACGAAUGAUCAGGCCGAUGGAAACAUACUUGUGGACGGCACAAAAAACUGGACUGAGCAGGAGGAAUCUAUUCUUUCACAGUGAGUUCACAUUUUGUUUGAAACUAAAGUUUUCCCACGCACAUACCUUUUUUGCAGAACCGCUGCUUCGUUGCAAGGCGCUCAAGUUGAUGGUGUUUUCUGCGUCGCUGGAGGCUGGGCUGGAGGAUCGGCCUCGUCCAAGGAUUUCAUCAAGAAUGCUGAUCUCAUGAUUAAGCAAUCUGUAUGGAGCUCUGCCAUUGCAGCGAAAAUUGCCGCUGUUCAUCUGAAGCCGGGAGGCCUUCUUCAGUUCACAGGUGCCGCAGCUGCCACCGGACCAACCCCCGGAAUGCUCGGAUAUGGUCUCGCCAAGGCUGCCGUUCAUCAGCUUGCCACGUCACUUGCCGAGGAAAACAGUGGAUUGCCACAGGACUCAUCUGUCCUGACCAUUCUGCCAAUCACUCUCGACACGGCUAUGAACCGAAAGUGGAUGCCGAACGCCGAUCAUUCCUCGUAUGUGUAACCUUUCUAAAUGUUCGCAACAUAACAGUUUUCACCAUCAGAAAACAAAUGUUGGCAUACUUAAUUUUAUUUAAAUAUUAGAACCUCUAAAUUCUGUCAAUGUCGCUCUCACUGGAAACUCGAUUCUAUAGAAGAGUUUACAAUCUAAUAAGAAAAAGCUCUAUUUCGCAAUCUAAUCAGAUUUAAUUGAAGUUCCAGUUAAAUCGUAUUAGAUUACAAUAUAUUUUUCCUGAAUUGCAAUCUAAUAAGAAAGAAUUGCAAUCUAAUUAGAAAACAUUGCAAUCUAAUUAGAAGAUUUUGCAAUCUAACUGAACCAAUUUUAUUUCAAACGAGUUCGUAUUAGAUUGCAAAGUUUUCUAAUUAGAUUGCGAUCGAGUUCCCAGAGCUACUGCAAUCCCAUGUAAAAACCGGGCGCGACUAUUUCCAAUUUAGCACUGAAUUCAUGUGGGAGCGGUAGAGCGCGAUUGCCACACUUUUGCUGCUGCAAUUGGACGUUUUGAUUUCUUAUGCCGCGUCCAAGGUUAACUAACUGCAGUUUUAAAAUUAAAAAUUUUAUGAAAAGAAGAUUGUGAGCUUUGUUAUAAAAGUUCUCCUUUCUAUUCCAGAAUCUUCAGCAAAUAUUUUUCCAUUUGCCUCACAACGAUGAAACCCAUUUCAGCUGGACUCCACUCUCACACAUCUCUGAGCUUCUUUACAAAUGGACAGUAGACGUGGAAAGCCGUCCAGAUUCUGGCGCCUUGCUCAAGAUAUCCACUGCUAACGGAACAUCGACCAUUGCCAAAGAAUAG